CUACUCGCUAGAAUUUUGUUUUGUCACAUUUCUUAUUUAACCCUUUUCUUCACAUUUCAUCUUCAAUCAUUCUCCACCCUUAAUUUGUUUCUACCAUUAUACAGUGGUUGCUGAUCUUGUCAUUUAAUUUUGUCAACAGCCACCGAUUCAACCUAGCACCAUUAUCGCCGACACGGUCUUGUGGAUGUGGAGCUCUAAUCCAUUGACGACAAACUCUCAAGAGGAAGAUGAUGAUUCAUGGGAGGUGAAAGCCUUUGUGAAAGACACAGGAAAUAUCAUGGGAACCACUUGGCCGCCACGGUCAUACACUUGCACAUUUUGCAGAAGAGAAUUCCAGUCAGCUCAGGCUCUAGGUGGUCACAUGAAUGUGCACCGCCGCGAUAGGGCUCGGAUCCACCAAUCCCAGCCUAACUUGAGAAUCCCUAAUUUAUCUUCUUCCACUCUCUUGAUUCCGACUCAAGAACGUGUUGCAAAUGGUGGUCUAUGCCUUUUCUGCUCUUUGCCUAACAACCCUAUUGCAAUUUUAAACCCUUCAUCUUUGAAUAAGUCGUGGCUCCUCGUUGCUUCAAUUCUUCGCUCAUCGAAGCUUCAACGUCAACGAAUCAUGAAAACAACCAAAGAUUUGUUCUUGACAACAAGAGAAAGAAGACCGAUUCAUCAAUUGAAGGUAUCGAUCUAGAGCUUCGUCUAGGAUGCAACUCAUAAGUUUCUUGAAACAUGUACAGGUGUUUUUGUGUGCUUGAUUGUGUGUUUCUUUCCUUCUUCUUUUUUUUGUUUAGAAGCUUGAAUCUUUUUCGUUUUUCAUCUGAAAAAAAGAUUUGAUUUUUCUGUUUGUUGUUUGUUAUCAUCGAAGGAUAUUGUAUAUGGAAAGAAGUAGAGGGAUCCAAUUUUAAUUGAAUAAUUAAGGAUAAUUCGAGGUAAAUAAAAUGAUCAUAAAUAAGCUUAUAGCGAUGGAGUAUUGCUUUCUUGUGCAU